UUAAUACAUGCAUCUUUAUCAUCCAAUUUUGCCAGAAGCCUUGAAUUGUGAUAGUUUAAAUUAAUGAUCGGUACAUGCAAGUUUCAAAAUGUCAAACAUUACCUCCACUGCCUGCCAAGUUAAACAGGUGGCAGAGCAGCAUCUUUCUGUUGGUCUCACAAAGUGUCUUUGGUCUCCAAAAAUGGACCUUCUUUUGACUUCAAAUACACAUGGCCACGUGUUGUUGCAGCGUCACAGAUCCCUUCAGCGGGUGUGGCAGUUGUUGCCCCAUGCAGAACACACCACUGUUACUGGGCUGGCCUGGAGACCUGACAGCAACCUCAUAGCAGUUGGCUACCACACAGGCCUUGUAAUGCUAGUCACCCUUGAGAGCGGCACUGAGGUGCACAGCUUCGAGGUGGGCGAGGGAGUCACGAGUCUCUCAUGGCAUCAGUAUUCUCAACCUGUUGCUGCCCUUGAAAAAGAUAUGUGGUCGGAGUACAUGACGCCUUUGCCAGCAUCUGACAAAUGGUUCACUGAGAGUCACUGUGAGGGCAACAGCGAUGAUCCAACGUGUUGGCAGAAUAAUCAUAUCAUUAGGAAUCAAGACUGCCUCACUCUACUGGUGGUCGGUACUGCAAACUCCAAGGUGUUGCUCUAUGCCUUUGGAUUUGUUCAUUGUGCUACUGUGGAGUUGUCAAAUACCGUACCCAGAGCCGGCGCCGUUAUUGAAGCUCAGUGCUCUGAUGGUAUGAAUCUCCUCAGCAUUAUUGUUGAGAGACCGUCGAUUGAAGGUGAGGUGUCUGAAAACCCGGCCGAUUAUACCACUGAAGGCGUUCACGUCACUUGUGACAUUGCUGUGAUCUCUGAACACCACAAGGAGUUGUAUUUAUUAGCAAGAAAACAUGCUGAAAUUCAGUCCCUCAUCAACUACGCUACAGAUGCCAUUAACAGGCUGAGAGAAGCAUGGGAAGGUAUCCUACUGGAGAUGGACACCAAGCUUGAUGCUUACUCGGGAACGAAAGAAGAAGGAGAAGUUUCUGCCGAUUUCCUUGAUUUGCUAGUUUUUGGAUACUCUUCCCCUGAGUUCCACAUGUUUCUCAGCAAUAAAUUAAGUGAGAAGGGAUUGAAAAAGCUUCGUCAGACUGUUGAAUUGGGUUAUACUAAUAUGCACAAGUUGGUUGUAAAGCAAUUGGAAGCCGUUGGUCAAGGCCUAGUGUUUGUCAUCAGUCAGAUGCUCGGGAUGGCCAGACGGACUGACAGAUACGGGCAAUUGGGUGUAGAAGAGUCAGUUGUUUGCCAAUCUCUUAAAGAGGCCGGGGCUUUUCUUCUGAAGACUGGUGAACUGCAGCAGGUAAUCGGCACUUCAGUGAGAGAUUUUCUGGCAUUCAUCAAAUGGUUGGCGGCUGUUCAUUUGCGCAUCAACGGAUUGCAAGUUACCCAAGAACUAGCGAAGACAACACAACAAGAAACGAGCCACAUUAUGGGGUUUCUUCACGAUACUCUUGAAGAAGUGGUCGUUGAUAAAUAUGGCAACCGGCAUCGAAAAUUCAGGCUAGAAGGUGUUGGUCAAUAUCUCAGUGAAGAAGAAUUGAAAACUCCUGUCAACGCCAGCAAUAAUCCGUGGCUGCUGUUUUUGCAAGAGCACCCUGAAAUGCAAGAUCUUCCACUCAUUUUGCCUCCGCGACGGAAUGAAUCGCUGAUCCAAAAUUACAACAGUCUUUCACUAGAGCUCACAAGAAUGGCAGAGCGUUCUGUACACGUAAUUAGCCAGAACAUCCGAGUUUCUUGUGGAGUUCCUCUGGUAAAAUCUACCUCGGAAACAGGUUUAAUUGUGUCUCAAUGCUGUUGUUCGAAUGAUAAAAUGAAUGCUAUUAUCGUUCCAAAAUCGUUUCCAUAUAUGUUCUUUUUUUACGAGUGGAGCACUGACCUAAAUGACGUGUACCUCUCCUGCACUGAUGCUUCAGUAGAGUCGAUUCAGGCGAUCGGUGCGUUCUACUUUAGCCGCAGCCACGCACUUGAUCUACAAGCGUUUUCUUCUCCAAAUGUCUCGAUUGUUUCUGAGGAAGGUAAAAAGCAACCUGCUGCAAGGAUUAUUGGUGCUCAAUUCUAUUCGCAAGACAUUCUUUCCGUUCUUACUCAGGACUUUGGUAACGUUAUGCGAUGUCUAUUUGUACAGGUCCCUGUGGGAGUCUUGCGCAGCAAGGCCAGCCUUAACCUAUAUACAUCUUACAACUCUAACGUUUCUGAUGACAUCUCAGUGCCGGCGUGUGUUCGCGUUGCACAAGAAGCUUACGAACGAGACUCUUCGUCGCUUAAACAAAACUCUGAAGCGCCUCUGGACUUGUCUGCACGCUUAUCGCCGAAGGCCGUGAGGACCAAAGAACAACUGAUGUGUAGCACAAGCUCUGCCGACACGUCUGCGGUACUCGACAGCUCUUUUGUUGGCAAGAUCAGCGCCGUAGAUUUGUCAGAAGCAAUAGAAACAUCUGACGUGUGUCGGCUUGACGUGGCUGGAGGCCUCUUAGCUGUGUCCGGCAAGAGGAAAGUUGCUGCCGUUGUUGCAUCUCACAGAAGGACUAUAGUGCUCUACGAGACUGAAGUAGACGAUGAUGAAGAUGAUGACGAAGAGGGAGAAGUUGAAGAUGAAGAAAGAAUACAAGAGGAAAAGAAAGAGUGAACAUUGUGUGACCGGAGUGAAUUUCACUGCACUGGCCCAUAGAAGUAACAAAAUUCGCUAAGUACGACAUUAGUAACGUGUGCGUUGACCCAUUUUUAAUUGUCCAGAGGUGACUAUUGGAAUAGAAAUGACAACGAGGUCUGACGUAUCUAAGAUUUAAUUCGAGUAUGUAACCAAGGCACUUAUAAAAUCAUUGAAUGGCGAACGAGAUAUCAGGCUUCAUGCUACAAAUAAUUCAUUCCAUUGAUAUUCUUAACAAUUAACAACAUUCCUUAAAAAUUUGAUUCCAAAUAACAUCUGUCUCCAUUCACAAGUACUUAAAUAUAGGUACAAACAGCAAGUGUUUCAAACAUUUCUAUUCUUUGAAUCGGGAACAUUAUUUUAAUAUUUAAACAGAAUAGUAAAUAAAACCGGUUCCACGCCAGA